AUGGCAUCCACCAGCACCAAGAUUAACAAGUCCUUUCCUCCGGGAAUUCACGGCCCUUCUAUCACCUUUUUCCAAGAUGAUCAGCAACAGGAGAUUGACUGGCCCACCCAAGAACGGCACUUGGAGUACAUGAUCACUUCUGGAAUGCACGGCAUUGUUCUUGCCGGCUCCAGCGGUGAAUCAGCCACUCUUAGCGUCGCAGAGAAGAGCAUGUUGGUCAAGAAGUCUCGUGAGAUCGCUGACCGCCACGGAAAGUCCGAUUUCACUAUCAGCAUGGGUUGCUUGGCUGGCUCCACCCGCGACAUCAUGGUCCAGAUCCAAGCCGCCUACGAGAGCGGUGCUGAUUUCGCCCUCACUUUGGUUCCCUCUAUCUUCCACUGGGCCAUGACCCAAAAGGCCAUUACCGACUUCUUCGAGGAGAUCGCCGACCGUGCCCCCAUCCCCAUUGUCAUCUACAACUUCCCCAACCUUCUCUCCGGAUUGGAUGUCAACUGCGACAUGCUCGAGAAGCUUGGUGCCCACCCCAAUAUCGCUGCCGUCAAGUUGACCUGUGGAGGUGUUGGCAAGGCCUCAAGAGUUGCAACCCAGUUCGAGCCCGCUCAGUUCACCAGUGUAUCUGGAAUGAGUGACUGGCUGGUCGCCGCCUUCGCCGCCGGAAGCACUGGUUGCAUUUCAGGUGUUGCAAACAUUUUCCCUCGUGUUAUGGUUGAAAUUUACGAUCUGUACUUUGCCGGUAAGUUCGCCGAGGCUACUGCACUGCAGAAGAAGCUUGUUCUCCCUGAGUGGGGAAUCGGAACAUCGGAUGUGAGCGGAAUGAAGUGGAUUAUCUCCAAGGAGCGCGGUUACCCCCUGUCUAGCGCACACUGCCGCCGACCAUUCCCCAAGUUCGACGACGUGGAGAAGCAAGAACGUGUCGUCCGCUUGGUCGCACCCCUUCUCCCCGUUGAGGAGGAGCUGAAGGCGAAGAAGGUGUAA